AAAGAUGAUCUAGAGAAAACUAUGAAAUAUACAAAGAAAUCGGGCAAACGCAAGGUGAAGCGCAGCGGACGUAAAGGACCAAGGAAACAACGCGGAAAUCGUAAAGAAAAUUUACGCAACAGAAAAUCUAGAAAGGUCUCAAAAAAGAGUCUGUCUAAAGACAGUGCGAGACGUCUGAUAGCUGGGAUGGAUGCAGUGAUAGAAGACUACCCUUACGUGGUCUCCAUCCAGAAAUCGGGCGAGCAUUGGUGUGCCGGGGCACUCCUGAACCCCAGGCUUGUUAUUACCACUGCUAACUGCCUUUGGAAAACAAGUCGCAUCAGCCGCAUGAGCGUGCGCGCUGGCUCCCGACAUGUCCAGAAAGGCGGCCAGGUGGCAGGGAUACAGGAGGUAAUGAAGCACCCAGGUUGGGGCAUCAGGCGGAACCCUGAUCACGACGUUGGACUCAUACUGCUUGAUAAGAAUAUCCGGUUUUCUGACUCGGUGCACGGCGUGGACUUACCUAAUCGAGUGAUGAUGCCUCCGUUUGAUGACGCUUGGAUCACAAGCUGGGGAGCUGACAGGCGUGACGGUGUAUACGAGAACAAGGACAACACGCUGCAAGUGUAUCACGCUCGGCUGCUGGACCGCGGCAGGUGUAACAAUGUGACGCAGCGGUUCGGCGUCACCGUCACUGACAACUUCAUCUGCCUCACGCAGACCGGCAGAAGAGCUCCUUGCACUCGUGAUACAGGAGCGCCUGCAGUCAGUGAUGGAGUGUUGUGGGGAAUGGCCUCGUGGGGAAUACGAAAACUAUGCGGCACGGAGCGGUUUCCAGCAAUGUUCUCGUACUUAGCAUCGCAAUCCAACAUGGACUUUAUAAUGAACGCGACCAGGGUCCUGAUGGCAGACGAGCGAUAUUACCCCUUCCUGGACAAGCGCCCGCGGAUGCACAUCACAACCACCACUACCACGCCACCUACUCUGCCUUAUUGAUACCCUGGUACUUCUGUAAUAUAUUAAUAAAAUUAUCAUAGUA